UUGGGUUACCUUCGGCAAUAUUCCAACCUUCGCCACUAAUAACCAUGCAGAUAUUUAGAAAAAUUCAUAUAAUUUCUUAUAAUAUACUGGGAUGGAAUGUAAAUUAAAAAUGGUUCUAAAGUACUAUAUCGUUAAAUUAUUACAGAUAAGUAUAACAGCAUUCGUGCCUUGCUUCGGAGUGAUUUACAAGGAAUUGUUUAUUCAACUAAAGAUGGACUCUACAAAUAUUACACUUUUCAAUGGAAUCACUUGUUUCGGAAUCGCAAUAUCAGGCUUUAUUACAAGCGCUUUAUUGAAUUACUUCUCAUUCCGCCAACUGGGAUUAAUUGGUGCGUCAAUUUUCAAUGUUGGUAUGUUCGGUACAGUGUUUACGCAAUCCAAACUUCACUUUUUCUUUUUUCAAGGACUACUUCAGAGUAUAGGACAUGGAAUUGUAAUUAAUAUAACAUUUACUGUGACAAAUAACUAUUUUGUAAAAAAAAGAUUGUUUGCUGUUAGCUUGACGCAAACUAUAUCAGCUGCGUUUGGAUUAGUAACACCACGUUUGGUGAAGUGGGCGAUAGAAGUAUAUGGCUUCCGAGGCUGCGUCAUGCUCAUAACUGGCGUAUCGAUGCAUAAUAUGUUUGCAAUGAUGUUAAUGCAACCGGUGGAGUGGCAUAUGAAAAAAGUUGAAAUACUCGAUGACAAUGAAAAAGAAACCAAAUCACUCCUGGAAGAGGAUAAAAAAAUUACAACUAAUAAGGAAAAUCUGACCGCCUCGAUGAAUUCAUAUAAUAAAUCUGAACACGCUGCAAUAGAGGCCAUAGAGGAGUCUGCGGAAGUGCCAGCGGAAUCUAACAUACUAAAGCAAGUCAAAUCAUUCCCAUUAUUAUCUUGAAAAUCCAGUAUAAAGUCCUCCUGUGCUCUAUAGGAUAGUGAUGAUCAAAAUCAAUUUAUAUUGGCUCUGAUUAGAAAAGAAGCCAUUCUUAUAGCAACAUGCAAUUGUAGAUUGAUGCAGAUACAUAUUAAAAACGAGCCAAAAAAGAAGUCUUGCGUUUUCGAGCAUUUGCGCGAAAUUCUCGAGCAUUUGCGUAAAUUCGCGCGCCUUCUCACCCAAUGAGGCGAAUAUGCUGCUUCCUUUACGUUCCAGUUUACGACAAUGUAAAUUGAGCCUAUUGAUUGUAUGAGAUUGUAUUAGAUGUUAAUGAUAAUAACAAUGAGCAACGGCUUAUCCUGCUUUUUGAAACAGACUAUCUUAAAACCACCGACUUUCCAACUCUUGGCUGCAAUAGAUUUUUAGGAAUACGGAAAGCUCAAUGAUUAUUACCUACGUUUUAUACCAUAUAAGCGUAUAUAUAUAUAUAAAAUGUUCUUGAUAUUCUUGUAAUAAAUUACU